AUGGAACCUUUGACUGUGGAGAAAACAACUGAAGCGUUAUAUAAGAAACAGAGUACAGCUGCUUUUAAAUCUGCCACUGACAGACUUGUGGGUUCACUGUUCGCCAAAGAUACACCUCCGCCAGGCUCAUAUAACGUGAGCGAUUCGUUUGAGAAGAUACAUGGCCUCCAUCACUACAGUGAGCCGCGGAACGAGAAAGCACACAAGCGACAGAGCUGCUUCCUGUCUGCCGCCCUCAGAGACCCCGCCUUCCUCCACUACGACCCUGAAACCCCAGGUCCGGCUCAAUAUAGUCCAGAUGUUAAAUUCAGCCCAAAACUUGCACUGAUUGUCUUAAAAGAAGAUCGCUUCAAAAGCCCUAAAGACAAGACCCCUGGACCCGGAGCAUAUGAGCAUGAGAUCUUUAUCUUCACGCAGGUCUUUGAGAAAACUCUCUGCCCACAGCAGUGCCUAGCUCAGGUCAAAGGUCAGUGA